CGGGAGGGCGGGCGGACGGAGCCCCGGCCGCGCACCGGCGGUCACGGCGCUCGGGAACGGCCGCUCCCGCGGCAGCAGCGCGCCCGGAGCGGAGCGGGGCUCGGCUGGCGGCGGGGAUGCGCGGGAGCGGCGGGCAGCCCUGCCCUGCCCUGAGCCAGCACCGGUAGCAUCCAGUGCUUUGCUGCUGCAGUGCACAAUAGCUCUUCCCAAAUAAGUGGGCUAACUCCUGCACUAACAGCUCAAUUGUGCUUAAAAGCUGCAAUGCAUCAAGACCUUUAAAAUGUGUUAAGGCCCAGAGAUCUCAGGCCCACUGAGAGCUGGGUGCCUGGUGGUGUGACCUGGUGCAAUCUGGUGGUGUGAGCAGGAGGGACCCCUCGCAGAGUGCUGGCAUUCCUUAAAAAUCCAGCAACUGGGAAAUGAUGAGUGUGAGGAACAGACUGCAGAACUGGACAUUCAGUGUCUGUGCAGGACUUUGAAUGCAGAAGUCACCACAAUGAUGCCAAGCUCUUAUACUGUGCUUUUUACUUAUAGCCAUGUAAGAACCUAAACAAGGAGACAUAAAUUAUUGACCAGAGAAUGGCCCACCGAAGCCCAAUCUUCCCAACUCUUGCCCCUUCUGAAAGACGGGUCCGAAACAUCCCUCUGCACAGCCAGGCACUGACAGCGGUCCCGCUGGCAUCCGCCAGCCUGGUGGAUCAGCUGGAGGACAGAAUCCUGAGCCAUGAGAAAACAACAGCGGCUCUUGUGGAACACGCUUUUCGCAUUAAGGAGGACAUUGUUUCCACGCUGCACAGAAUGCAGAACAAAGGGGGGGGUGACCGGUUGGCAAGGCAACUCCUGGAGGAACACAUCCGAAACAUAACAGCGAUAGUGAGGCAGCUCAAUCGGGACAUCGAGAUGCUGCAGGAGCAGAUACGUGUCAGAGACAAUCUCAGCUAUGGAACAAAUUCUACCCUGAAGAGUCUUGAAAUGCGGCAGCUUUCUGGCCUAGGAGAUCUUCGGGGAAGAGUCGCAAGGUGUGAUGCUGGGUUAGCCAGGCUGUCUGCAGAGCAUAAAAUUACCUAUGAAAGACUUCAGAGUCUAAGUAAAGACCAACACACCUCCAAGCUGAUCUUAGAAUCUAAAAUCAAAGAGGCAGAAAUACAGAUUUCUCAUCUGCUGAGCAGAGUAGAGCAAUCAAUAAUACAACAAGAAGCAAAGCUGAAGAUUGCCUACAAAGAGAGCAACCAACAGCUGCAAGUCCUGGACACAAAAUUAAAAGAUGCUGUUGAGGAGCUCAGCAAUCAGAUUUUGUCUGCACGGAGCUGGUUGGAACAGGAACAUGGAAGGACUGAAAAAGAGCUCGUACAAAAAAUUGACCAACUCUCCCUGACUUUUAAGGAAAGCACUGAAAUGAGUGAGAGAGGUAUUGAGAUGAAAUUCAACCAAAUGGCAGAGAAAAUUGAGAGAAUAGAAGAAAUGCAGAAGAUAACCAUGGAAGCACAUGAAGCAAAACAGACUGAAGAAAAGAUAAAUAUUCGCAUUAUCAAACUUCAAAAUGAGAUAAACGAAGAUAUAAAAGAAAUGAAAGCUGAAGUCAACGCUGGGUUUGCAGCUAUCUAUGAGAGCAUUGGGUCUCUACGGCAAGUUCUAGAAGCCAAAAUGAAGCUGGACAGAGAUGAGCUACAGAAGCAGAUCCACCAAAUGAAGCAGGAGGUUCCAAGGUGGGGAGAGGCUGGACCAUGACUGCAAGAUUUUGUCUGAGAGAUUAGUGUUUACCUGGCUACUAGGCAGACUCUAGUGUUGUUCCAAUUUGUAAUGCCAAUUACCUGCAUGUACCAAAUGACAUGCUGCUGCUGCUGCUGCUGCUGCUGCUGCUGCUGCUGCUGCUGCUGCUGCUGCUGCACAGGUGAAUUUACUUACUGCUCACAGCAGUAAAUGCAAGCUGUUCAUGGAUAACUGGCAAUGAGCCUUCUGAGCUGAGGUGCUGCUUUGCCACUGCACUACUCCUGUUGCUGUCAGGAAAUUUAGCACUGUGUAAAACUGGAGUAAUGCAUUGGUAAAGUUGGCACCUAGUUUGCUAAAGGCAUUCCAGUUUUGCAGUCUUGAUCAGGCAGCUAUAUGCUUUUAUAUGCACCUGCACCCCUCCACCUUUAAAAACAAAAGGCAAGUUGCUAUCAUUUGUUUCAUAUGAAUUUGGCAAGGUUCUCCACCUUGACACAAAUUACUUAGUUGAAAUCAGUGAACAUUUUUACAGUGACUUUCUCUACUAUUGACUUCUUGGGAAGACAGAAUUGGCACUGAACAGACUAAUCUUCAAAAUCUAGACACCAUCAGAAGAUCUUUGUUUAGGUUUGCAAAUAUCCUGUGUGUGAAAACUAGGUAGUGUUACAUAAUGUAGUUGUAACUAAUAUGGUUCAUAAACAACAUAAGAAACUUAACUUAUAUGGUCUUAAGUAUUGUAACCUUCUAAAAUUAAUAGCCAAGAGGAGCUGACACAAGGGAAAAGAUGUAUAUAGAGUAUUUUUACUGGGCAUAUGUUCCUGUGAUUUGCUUCAUUAUCUUGAUAAAAACUUAGAAAGGUUUGAGAACUAAAGAGAAGGUGAUGAUUUAACCUAGUCUGGAGAUUGUAAUGUAAAAUAAAAUGCAGUUUAUGAUUUCCUUAGAAAUUUUCAUUGAAGUAAAAAAAUUUAUUCAUCAUAUUUAAGUAGUCUUUAAUAGUUUAGCAGGCUCAAAUCGCUAAUUGCAUUCACAUUAUUGCCAGAUAAUAAUUUCUAUUCCCAGAAGAGAUUGCAUAAUGAAAAUCAGCACCCAUGUGGCAUAUUAUCUAGAUAAGAAAAAAAUAUAUGUUGUUUUUACUUCUUGAUUCAUAGCAUGAUAUAUUGCUUCUCAUGUUUGUAAGUCAUGCAGGAUUAAACCCUCAUGAAAAAUAAGACUUUAUCCAUCAUCCUACUAAUUUAUACUAUUAAUAGUAAUUAAUAUACAAAAAUAAUAUUAAUUCACAGAAUUUACAGCACUGUUAACCUAAAUAAAUUAAUGUAGGAUAUCUCUACACUGCCCUUAAUAAACCUUUCAUUCAGCUAGUAUUGGAAAAACAUAUUUUGAUUUAGAAAAUCAGUGGCAAAUCUCACUUCCAUAAAAGACAUUUUGGUCCACAGAGUCACCAUAUAUAAAACAAACAAAGAAUUAAAAAACUGCUUCAAGAAUUUAGUCAUUAACUUCAGUAAGUCAGUGUAGAGUAAAAAUCAAGUAAAUGCAUACAUCUUUACAGGAUUAUAUUCAAGUUUAUAUUCACUUCCUCUAUAGUUGAAAGUCAUUGAAGUCUCAAAGGCACAUUAAGCAUUUGCAGCUUUGCCUUGCAGUGCUCUCUGACACAAACCAGGAAUACCAGAGGCAGUUUUGUUAUCAUCCAUGUCCUGUGACACAUAUUUACAAUGGCACCUGAGGGGAAAGCCCAGUUCCCUAAAGGAGAUAAUUAAAUGCUUGUAGAUAUUUCUCAGGAAUUGUCUCCAAAAUUCAAUCUUACUUCAUGCAUGUAUUCUUAUCUAUCCUUAAAUAUUUAGCCAUGUGCAGUAGAAAUGCUAUCACUGGUGUUUUAUUAAAAAAAACCCCAAACAGUAACAAAGAGAGAAAUGGAAAGUGACAGACCAAAACCAGAAUAAUUCUUAUAUUUUGUAAUUGGAAGUCUGUACCUGAGAAAAUCUGGUAUGAUAUGAAGAGCAUAGAAGGAAUCAGAAACAAUUUAUAUAGGACUUUAAUAAUCUGUUUCUCUUGUAAAAAUCUCGUAUGAUUGAUCCAGAUAUACAACAACACAUGAAACCCAAUCCAAUUUUACCUUUUCUGUCUUAAAAAUAUUUUUUUCCUAAAUCUCAGCUAAAGCAAAUAAGUAAAAGCCCAAAUAAAAUAAUAUCAACCUACUGCCAAGCAGUGUCUUCAAGCCAUAAAGUGCUAAGUGGAGGGAGGCCCAGGGCCAGCCAUGUCUCAUGGGCAUUGUCUGCCAGGGAGUGCUCAUAUGUGCUGAGUCCUUCUAGGGACAAUUUAGAGUUGUUUCUGAGGGUUCUCUGAUCAUCUUAACAUGUAAGGGCAAAAUCCUCUCCUCAGACCCAGCACCCCCUCAGGGGAACAACUGUGAAGCCACAGGACAGUGCUGCAGACACUGAUCUGUGGAAGCUUGAUUUUGCCAAACAGAAACUGAUUCUGACCCACAGAGAUCCUGUAAAGCCAAAAAGAAGGGAACAGCAGUGCUUGAAACCAGAGCUGCCCCUAUUUUUUCCUUCUAAGCUGGUGUCCAAUGGGAUUUUUGUGUUCCAGUCCUUCAGGGACACCAGGGUCCACUUUUGAUGGUGGAAUAAUGUGCUUUCUUUGUUCAGCACAAGUACUCAUGCUAUGAAUCUCAGGUUUCUGCACCAAGUUCAAGCCUGCCAAGGCCACAAAAGGAACGAGGUAGUGUUUGUGUGGAUGGCACUUGAGCAACAGAAUGAGACUUGGGAAAGUAUAAUACUAAAUGUGCACAAAGUACUAUUUAAAUCACAAAGUUCACUGACACAACCAUAAACCCUCUGAAGGAAGGACUGGGAGGAGCCUUAGGAAGUCACCUGCUCCACCUCUCCACUCUGAAAUAGAUCCAACUCUACCUAAAAUAUUUGUCAUAGACACUUCUGUAACUUGCUUAUAACAGUCUUUUAAGAAUAAGCCAUUGAUUAAUGCAGUUUGUUCCACUGCUUAAAGAAGAUUGCCUUGCCACCCAAACACCUAAACUAGGACAAGACAUAAUAGCCUUAAAUUUCAAGCACAGAGGACACAAAACCUAGUUUAUUACAUUGUUUCCUGCAUGUUCAUUAGUUAUUUAAGGCAAUCUGUGUAUAACACAUGAUUCAAAUGAAGCUUCACAGGGAUAUUUGCACAAUAUUUCUUAAUUUUCUUUUCCUUCCUACUUUCAUAUAAAACACACCAAACCAGCAACACCCAGCCCAAAGAAACCACCACCACAAAACCACCAAAACAGCCAAAAGCAGACCACUUAAAACUCCUGAAGUUUUAAAAUCUUCCUUUUGUCAGCUAUUUCAUGUGCAUGAGGCUUAAAUCACUUGUGGUGUGCAGACCAUACUGUUCAGUCAGCUGUGUAGCACAUACUGAGUGUCAUAAGUUAAACCCACUGGAAAAUGUUUAACUGGGGUUUUACAUGGGGCUUACAUGGCUUUUACAUUAGCAUGUGGUAACACAGUAGAACCAUGGUUCCGUGCAGUGAGGGACUUGGCUGGAAUCAGAAUUAUGUCAGUAAUUACAGAACAAUUGUGCUGUUUAUACUCAUUAAACAAACCAAAGGAAUGGUGCCAGGAAGAAGUUUAAAGGAUGACCCUAACUCCCACAUGCAGUUGUUUACGUAGUAAGUUUUGUGUUGUGGAUACUUUAUAUUGUGGAUAUCUUUGUCAUUACAAUCUGAUAUAGCUCAAUAGACAGUUGCCAUGUUAGAGAAAAGCAGUGUGAAUGAUAAUGAAGAGCAUUGUAUUCCUGUAACAUCAAUUUAAACGGAAAGUCAAAACUUCCUUUUCUCAAUUUCUGUUUUGUGUUCCACCUCCACGAGCAUCUGGCCAUCUGGGGCAGAAUGUUCUCUGUAUGCAAGAAUUAAAGUGCUCAUUAGACAUGUUUUCCAAUAAUGAAAACGUCUAAUAAGACACGGAUGACAAUCGGAUGAACCCCUCCUAUGUGUAGGGGAGGAAUUCCUCCUGUGACACUCCCCACGCUGUAAGAAAUUCGGAGGCAAAUUUGGAAGAAACCAAGGAAAUUGGGCUGGCGGUCUCUCCUCAAUUUGCCACAGGGUGUCACUGUUACUCUUGGCAAGUGAAGGACGGGUCUCACUGUACCUGUGUGAUCCAUAGAUGCUGCAAUCCCACUGGGACGGGGCUGAAAGUAUUUACCAUGUACUUUGACAAAAGGAAAAAAAAAAAAGAAUAUUCUAAAGACGUCACUCUGUAAAAUCACAAUAAAAUAAAAUAAUUAAAUAAAA